AUGAUGAACUCCAAGUUCGCACUCGCGACAGUGUCUCUCAGCCUGUUCGCCUCUCUAGCCACAGCCCUCUCCUACUGUUCGACCUUCAACAUCCCACAAUGGGAAUGCGACGUCUGCGGCAGCCAGAUCGCCAGCAGUGGCCGCAUCCAAUGCUCCCCCUUCAACGCUACGUUCGACGACCUCCCACCUAACCAACCCGUAGGCAUCUACAAAUCCGCCGACUGGCACAACUUCGAGACCGUAAACGUUGACAGCACCACUCCAUCCAUCCCUCACGUCCACCCCUACUCGCUACCGAACUUCGCUCGUCUCGCCUCCGGUAAGAAAGGGAUCGUCACUUUCGGCUACACGAACGGCACAGAGCCCGGCGGUCCAUGGCAGUACCCCCUUGGGAAUCUCUACUCUUUCCACUGCGCCUGCGCCCUGCACGCCUCCCAGCUAGUCCCUGCACCUUGCAACAUCCAUGUGACUGCGAAGUGUGUGCCGACGGGUUCUGUAAUUAAUGGACCGGAGAAGGACUUUGAUUACGAUGUCAGCUAUACGCCCUCUGAAGCUGUGUAUGGGACGUUGGCGUUCCACCAGGGUGACCCAGCGAGGGACGCGGGAUAUAUCUGCUCGAAUUAUACGUUGACGGCGAAGAGUGCGGUUGGGGUGGAGGUGGAUCUGCUUGUGGACGAUGUGUUGUAUAGGACGUGGAGGCAGGGGUUCUGA